AAAAAAAAGAUUACGGCGACCGCUGGGAUUUGUGUCUGCAGAACGUCACCCGGCACUGUCCCCUGCUCUUCAAGCACUUGAACAGCUUUCUCCUUUCUAUUUUCUUCUCUCUAUAAAUACAAGACACUUUCAGUUUCCUCUUCUUCUUCUUCUUCUUCUUCUUCAAGAGUUCCUUCUCAAUCUCCUCCUUUUUCCUUCUCUGAUCUUUGCUUUCUUUUUUGUCGGAGAAACAUGAACAUGAACACAAACACCUGUCAGAGCUCAAAAGGCGUGGUGAAUUUCGCGAACUGGUCAGAGGUUUUAGCUUCGAUUGUAUCUCCUGGUUUCGGCUCUAACCCUCUCCAAGAAGUGGUCGACGCUUCCACGGCUGAAUUUUCAGGCCCUUUGAAUCCUCCUUACCCCAUCAAUAUCAAUCUCUCCCCUCAGCCUUUGAUUGAAGGCACCGAGCCGAGGAAGGAGAAAGCAAAAUGGAAAGAUGUUGGACUUGGCACGAAGAAAACCCUAGGGAAGAAAACGGCAACGGCAGCCAGAUCCCACGCUUCCUCUGAGAAGAAACGCAGGGACAAGAUCAACGAGAAAUAUCAUAACCUUGAGCAAAUUACUCCCCAUAGCGGAAAGCUUGAUAAAGCUACCACAAUCGAACUGGCCACGGAACAUAUCCGAGAGUUGCAGAGGCAAAAGGCUGAAUACUUGGAGAUGUACCCACACCUGAAGCCGAUCAUGUGUAUGAGCCCUCGGCUUUUUAACGCUAUGAUUCCGUUUAUGAUGCCUCCGAUGCCGCACAUGAUGCCGUACAAUGGACAGGGACAGGGUUUUGGCUCUGUUCCACCUUCGAUGUCUCAGAACGGUAAGCCCUUUUAUGCUGAUCAAGACCACGAGGGAGAGACUAGCGAUCAUAAUCAGGAAGACUGAAUUCUGCCUGGCUAAGGAAAGCUCCUCCUCCUUGGUUCUUGGAUCCUAGGGUUUUUUUUGGCUUGCCUGUCUUUUUUUGUAAAAUCCAUAAAGACAUGAAAAAAUGGGGAACUUUUCGCAUCCCGAUUCCAUCUUUCCGCAGGUACGUUUUUACAAAACCGGAUGAGCAAGACGAAUGGUACCUCUCGGCCACACUCAGACACCGAUCCCGGAUGGAUGGAUCUGUCGGGAACACCAAGAUCGAUCUUGGCACACGUCCCAUGAUCCAACUCGAUGCUUGAAAUAGUUCAAAUCGAGUCUCUACCAUGAUCGAGAGAACCGGACUGAAGAAUCCCGAGAAAUCCCGACCAACACCCCCAGCUGACCAACCAACUGCCAACAUGCGAUGAGAACAUAAAACACACAACAGACCCAUGGACCGAUCCCAAGCGACCCACAAGCGACCCACAAACUGAACCUGGCGGAUUCCACGAACCAUGGACGGACCUUCUCACACAACCUACUACCCACGAGAGACCGGCCAAGUCCGACGAACAUUCCGGACCUUUCGAAACGUUUUCUCGCCCUCGGGCCAAGCCUGUUUAGACGAGAUCUUCUCUGCAUAUGUGUGAACGAUUUUCAGUGUGAACGUGAUCUAGUGUUAGGUCAGUUUGAACGCAAUAUAGGGAAAAUAGAUCUUGUUGUAAUCUUUAUCCUCGGUAGAUAAGGAUUAAGAGGAGUGAUCUAUGGAUCUCCAUCUUGGUUACUAGGCCUAUAAAUAGGCAUGGCCGGCCAAGUUGAGAGACCAUCUCAGAUUUCCUUUCCUUUCA